UUGAGGGAUAAAAUAGAUAGCGAACUAAAGAGGUUGGUCGAUCUAGGUGUACUUCGUCCGGUUAGUUAUUCUGAAUACGCAUCCCCAAUCGUACCCGUAUUAAAACGCGAUGGCUCUGUCAGAAUAUGUGCAGAUUAUUCUGUUAGCUUAAACAAACAGUUAGUUAUAGACCAAUAUCCAUUGCCGACGGUUAAUGAACUUUUUUCUAAGUUACAUGGGGGCCAAUACUUUACUAAGCUUGACCUCUCAAUGGCGUAUAAUCAAUUUUGCCUAAAUGAAGAAUCUCAAAAGCUAACCUGUAUCAAUACCCAUCGGGGUUUAUUUUCUUAUACACGUUUAGUUUUCGGCUUAGCUAGUGCGCCGGCUAUUUUCCAGCGUGCAAUGGAAUAUGUACUAGCAGGAUUAAAUGGAGUACAUUUUUUACUGGAUGAUAUUCUGAUAACCGGCAAAGACGAUGCCGAGUACCUAGACAGGCUACACCAGGUGCUACAAAGAUUACAAGACGCGGGCUUAACGUUGCAAAAAAAUAAGUGCAGUUUUUUUAAAGACGAAAUAAGUUACCUGGGAUACGUCAUAAAUAGAAACGGUUUAAAGAAGUCACCGGAAAAGGUUAAAGCUAUAUUAGAAGCGCCAAUCCCCACAAAUGUUAACCAAUUACAAUCGUUUUUAGGCCUCGUCAAUUACUACAGGUGUUUUGUUCCAAACGCAUCAUCUAUUUUAUCCCCCCUCUACCAAUUAUUAAAAAAGGAAAUAAAAUGGAAAUGGUCUAAAGUAGAAAACGAAGCGUUCGACAAUAUAAGAAAAAUAUUAUCCUCGGAACAGAUUUUAACACAUUUUAAUCCAAAUGAAACAAUUAUACUAACCGUGGAUGCGUCACCUAACGAGUUAGGUGCUAUAUUAUCGCAAAAAAAUAGUGCAGGAAUUCCGGAGGUAUCGGCCAACCGUUUGCAGAGAUAUGCUUUAUUUCUAAGCGGAUAUAAUUACACGAUAGAAUAUGUUAAGAGUUCGGAUAACAGUGCAGACUACUUGUCGCGUUUCAGCCUCCUGGGCGCCGAUGCGAGCAGUAGCGGCACGGGCGGGGAUUCAAACGCGGGCUACACGGAAACCGCCGAUAUCGACGACCGCGCAGCGUACGUUAAUUUCGUUGUUAAGGGCGCGAUACCAAUAACCCUACAGGCGUUACGUGAUGCAAUAAAUAAAGAUCGCAUUAUGAAAAAGGUCAUACAUUAUGUUUUAGAGGGAUGGCCAAAAAAAGUUAAUGAUCCAGAGAUAAAACCCUAUAGUUUAUGCAAAUUAGAACUGUCAUAUGAAAAUGGUUGCCUUAUGCGUGGUCAUAAAAUAGUUAUCCCUGGAUCGUUACGUGAUAGAGUGAUAUCGGAGCUACAUACAUCAUAUAUGGGUGUUGUUAAAACUAAAGCCGAAGCUCGCUCUCGGUUUUGGUUUCCAGGUAUUGACGGCGUCCUUGAGCGUAUGAUUGGCUCUUGUGAAAUAUGCAUGCAACUACGAGCAGCGCCACCGCGCGUACAUAUUUCCCCGUGGAAAUAUACUGCUGACCCUUUCCGAAGAAUACACCUCGAUUUCCUCGGCCCCAUCAACGGACAUAUGUACUUGGUGAUCGUUGAUGCGUACUCCAAAUGGGUCGAAGUCUGCCGCAUGAAUACUACUUGUGCUUCCAUCGCAGUUAUAGAUAAAUUAUAUGAAUUCAUGUCAAGGUUCGGUCUUCCAGAGACUAUAGUGACUGAUAAUAGAACAUCGUUUUGCUCCCGGGAGUUCUUAGACUUUUGUCAUCUUAACGGCAUUACGCAUAUUACGUCACCUGCCUACCACCCGGCAAGUAAUGGACAAGCUGAAAGCUACGUAAAGGUAAUAAAAAGGGGUAUUAAGUCUAGUUUGUUGAGCAGCAAUAAUGUUAGAGAAUGUAAUUUAAAUCUCUUAAAGUACAUUUUCGACUACCGCAAUUCGGUCCAUUCCACUACGGGCUUAUCUCCCGCGCAAAUAGUUUUUGGUCGACUUGAUCCAGCUCGUCCUUUAGUCAGUGAAUAUGGGUCCCGUCGUUUUCGCUUGGGUCGAGAGGACACAUGUGUAGUACAAGUUUUCCAUACAAACGCUGGAUUCCUCGGUGAGGUGGGUGCCGUUGGUCACGUCGAUUUCUGUAUCAAUGGUGGACAAAGACAACCUGACUGUAAAGGACAUUUCAUGCGUAGAUCACGUUGCAGCCAUUUUAUGCGCUCCUGUUACCUCGCAGCGAGCAUAUGUCGACGUUUGCAUAUAACUGGCGUGCCUUGUGAUAUAUCCUUAAUUUGGUUUAUUACCUUAAUUUGGUUUAAACCAAUCUUGUCAGCCUCGAACACAGGCACAGAAACAAGGGGUAUGUUUUGCGCGAAAGUAGAUCACGAAGAAAAUUGUCCUUUCGAUUGA